UUGUUUCAUGUUUUUAAUGCGAACUGUCACGUAACCAAACUGAGCUCUUUUCAUUUAUGACUUGGCCCCCAGUGAGUCAGUGUCCAGAAACAUUUUGAGGAAGUUGGUUUUGCCAGAAACAGGAAACCCUUCAGUUGCAGUUUAUUCAUCAAGACAAAAUGAGAAGUGCUGAAGAGACACACGGAACAAUCUCAUCAGAAGACCAGAAACACACCCAACUAACUCCUAAAUCGCAACAUGGAUUCUCAGCAGUUUUGGCAUCUUUUCUUCGUGUUUCCUUGGAUGUUUGUAUUUUGUCUCCCUUCUGUGUGUUCAGGAAUGAAUGCACCAAAAAUGCGCUUGGAGAACACUGUCUUUGUGGCCUUUGCAGGUGAAGAUCUCAGGAUUAACUGUGAGUUGGAGAAACCAGCAAACCAAUCUAAAGACAUCUUGAGGUGCUUCAGUCCUCACGGAGAAAUUUACCACUGUGACGUUGCUUCUACGGAUGGUCACCCACAUACAGACAAACUGCAACUGGAGCUGAAAAAGUUGACCUAUUCAGGAGAAUACAACUGCCAGUAUAAAACGGCGAAGGUGUACUUUUUUCUUCGAGUGAGGGCUGAAGGCUACAAGGAGCCCAAAAUGUUCAACUACACCAAACUCAUCACGGUGGCCACCAUCACUGGUGUGCUGUUGAUCUUGAGUGUGAUCGGCUCAGUGUAUGUCUUCAGAGGAUAUUGGAAAGAGAAGAUGACUGAAAGUGGCGACAGGCAGAAAACUAGCAGAAAACCAAAGGACAACAGAGAAGAGAGGAAAAAGGAAGAUAUGGAUGAAACUCAUGCAGAUGUAAUGGCAGCUGAGUCUACGUCCUUCUAUGCUAGUCUUGAGACUCGACCCAGGUCCAUCUAUGAUGUUCUGGACCACUCAGCUGCCAGCAGAGAGCCGGACCGGAGGAAACCUAAACCAAAGAAAAAGAAACCCCCAAAAACGGUGGCGCAAACUACAGAGCAGCAGGAUGAAGGUGUGUUUGAGUGUGUUUAUGAAAACUUCUGAAUCGUUAAUAAACUUAUUCCAGUAGACUAUGAUAUUCAUAUCAGCAGCUGUAAUAUGUAUCAUUGCUUUCCUAUUUUGAUGUCAUACGUAACAGUAACAGAAUAACUUAGAUUCUGUACCUCAGUGUAAGUAGCAAAACCACAAUGUGAAAAUACUCAAUAAAGGUACAAAUAAAGGUUUUGCUUUUAAAACAUGUAAAUAAAAAUGUACAAGAGUAUUAAAAAAUGUGCUCAGAGUAUUAAAAUAACUAACCAAGCAGACUACUGGAUUGUUCUGACUGAUUUCCAAACAUUUUUGUAGCAUUUUAAUGUUGUAGCUGAUUGAAGUGGAAUUGUUUAACACUUUGGGUUUUAUUAACUGUUUAACAAAGUGCAAUGUUUGCUAUGCUCAUAACAGGUUUAUAAAAACUAAAUCAUCAAAGUAA